CUGGCACUAUCUAUCCUCCCGCCUAAUCCUCAAACCACCGCCCAGGGCUCCCAACAAGGUUCAAACCAAGAAUCCAAAACUAGGAAUCAUCCGCAAAAUACAUCGCAUACAAAUAAUCUUCCGGAAGUAGUUGGAGCCCUUCCGUCUAUCGGUUCUGCUCGAGCUCGAGGAGAUAUCUUAUUCGCACCACGGUCUGACCCACGCGACUACGGCGCGUUCGCUCCUCGGGCGAUGGAUCGCGAUUCACGAAGUAGAAGGUACGAUGACGGGGAAGUCACUAGAUAUGGCGCUGGUGAAUCGUACCGCCCGUUUAAUUCCAACCGGUCUCCACGCCGGGCUAGAAGCCCUCCAAGAGGCCGUAGCCCAUCAUUUCUAGAUAGCGAUCGUUAUGUGCCCGGUCGAUCCCCACGACGUCGCUCACGAAGCGCUGAUCGCUAUCGCCGAGACCUUUCCAGAGACCGACGAGAUACUAGAGAUACUAGAGAUAUGGGCGACAGCUGGAGACGACGCGAUAGGAGCCGUAGUCUUCGCCGAAGCCCUCCACGACGGUCUCCUCCACGACGCAGUCCGCCUCGAAGGAGUCCACCGCCGCGCAGGUUCUCACCAAGACGGGAUGAUAGAGAUCGUUUGCGAUCUCCGCGAAGGGGCUAUGACGCAAGGUUCCAACCACCACCCCAGAUUAACAAUCCUAAUCUUAUACCCCUAACAAGUCUUCCAUACAGACGGAGAUCGAGAUCUCCCUUCGAUAGAGACCGCAUCCGAGAUAGAUCGCCUCUCCGACGUUCACCCCCGCCCAUCCCGAGGGCUAGUACCUACAGAGCCCGCACCCGCAGUCCGGAUCGACGAGACGAUCGCUACGGCCCUUCGCAUAGCAGACGUCCUUCCCCGCCGCGCGACUCUGCAAUCUCUUCAGCAAUUCCGUCUCGGGACACAUCCCGUAGAUCUUCGCCCCACCCUCUCCCACCACGUCGCGACGAUCGAUCAUAUCCGCAGUCUCCCAUACCCUCUAGACCUUUGUCUAGAUCUUCUCAUAACGUACCACUUAGAGAUCGAAGUCCUCAGGGGACUCCGAAAGAAUCCAGUGCUCCGCCUAGAUCCCCUCCGCGUGGCCCUGCCGCUCUCCGAGCUCCUCCCACCGGCCCCAGAGAUACUCGCGCUUACGGGAGCCAGUCUGCCGGGGCGAUAGGCCCGCCCCUCAGACCAGUUCCAGCCGCGCCCGCAGUAGCAAGUCGACCCGAUAUCAGCCCUAGCGCUCCGCCGGCAGGUCCUAGAGGUUACGUUCCCUCACGAGGAGGCGGCUAUAGUCGAGGCGGCCGAGGAGGACCCAGCUGGGGUAGUACGAUUCAAAGCCGUAAUCUACCACCGGCCGCAGGUCCCAUCCCCGCCUCAGCAACAACAAUCUCUAAUACCAUCCCCACCGGUCCGCGAGCAGGCCCUUCUUCGCAAUCUCUCCCCACGACCCCCGUCAACCAAGCCAAACCCUUCAACCCACCCAAAGGCCCAGCUGCCGAGAGUACUCGUCCUACCCUAGCGCAGCAACUUCUUGCGACUCUGCCACCUAUCGUUCCCGGAGGUAAAAUGGACCCUCAUUAUCUCGCCAUGACAACAGGUGUGAUGUCCGAGCUCCAGGCCCACACGCUACAGCUGAAAGAGGAAGAAGAGAAGCUGCGUGCGGAGAAGUAUGUUAAGGAAGAGAAAUUGAGAAAGAGCCUGGCGUUAUGGGAUAAGUUUGAAAGGGAGGCCAAGGUCUUGGAAUUGAGAAUAGAGCUCAGUGAGAACAGCGUGAAGAAGUUUGCGGGCGAGGGGGUUGGAGGUGCGGCGUUUUAGUAGAAUGACGGAACCGAAGAUAGGAAGAGAGAGGAAGGGUAUGUCUUCUGAGGUAACCCAAUUAAUGGCGUGUGUUAGGCGAAAGAAAGAGUUCUAGUAUGGGCGAAACAGGCGGAACACGGAUGCACAGAUGGGAUGAGAUGAGACCAUUCGGGUGUAAUUCGAUUUUUGAGUUACAUGUCUAAAGGCUGUCUUGCCUGCCUGUUUGCCUGUCUAUCUAUGGACUCCCAACUGCGAUGACGUAGGUGGAUUACCAAGGAGAACCGCAUCAAUAUAGACAGGCGUUUAGGGAAGGCGUGGAAUUCGCUUUGUUGCUAUUGCAGUGUACUAUAUGACUUAGGUACAGAAAGGUAGAAGGAUACCUACCUUGUACGUCUCGCUGUUUAGAGGCUUAGGUAGCUAGUUGCGUAUUGCAUGAUACCAAAUCGAUCGAUUGUUUUCAUAAG